UGGGCAUUUAUAAACGCGCUCCUCAGAUUCAUGUCGAUUCAGUUUUUUUUUUAAAUUCUCCCUCGAACGAUCGUUCAAUUUUACACGUUUAGUCUCUGUGAUUUGUGCACAUCAAAUGUAACCAGUGUUUUAUAAAAAGAGCCUUAAGUGUUGCUUCGUAGACCGACAGUAUUCAAUCGAGAUUAAUUGCAUAUUUUUAAUAUUACGGGGAUUAAUUGAACUAAUGUAUAGCUCAGAGGAGGAAACGAGAGAAACGUUCAGGAGUCCAGGAAUAUAAUAGCAACUGGUGACACUGGAGGAGGAGGGAUGUAAAAUCAACCACAGCAGCACGAAUUGGCAGCAAAAAAGAGUGCGGAAGGAGCUAGAGAGGUGAAGACAUUGUUUAAAAAUGCGGAACGGCAAGAAUGUCAAUAAAAUGAAUGAUAGAUCAAUCAGUGGUUACGUGAACCGGGGAAUACAGGACUCACAAGAAAAUCUUGAUCUUCAUGACUCAAAUACGUCACACGUGUUGCGGAAUUCGAGCGAUGAACGAAAUUCAGAUAUGCAGGGCUCAUUUAAUUUUAUCUUGGUCGAGGAACCUGGGGAUGACGAGGUCAAGCAUAAAGAUAGUGUCUUCAAAUCAGCCUUUCAGUACGCAGGACAGCGUAUCAAAUCCGUAUGUACAAAGAAGAUGCUUUAUAAACGAUUACCAGUGCUCAAGUGGUUGCCGAAGUACAAUGGAGCCGAUGCAGUUGGUGAUAUUGUUGCUGGAAUAACAGUUGGACUCACUGUAAUACCCCAAUCAUUGGCUUAUUCACAUGUCGCUGGAUUACCACCCCAAUACGGACUGUACGGCAGUUUCCUAGGAUGCUUUAUCUACAUCAUAUUUGGAUCCUGCAAAGACAUACCAUUCGGUCCCACCGCGAUAGUCUCGCUGUUAACGUAUCAAGCGGUCGCUCAGCUCGAAGAAAAAGUUUUGCACGCGAUUCUCCUCUGUUUUCUAUGUGGACUCGUCCAACUAUUCAUGGGCAUAUUUGGUCUGGGAUUCCUCAUCGACUUUGUGUCUGGACCAGUCAGCUCGGGAUUCACCUCAGCCGUCGCAUUCAUAAUCGUUAGCACACAGGCUAAAGAUAUUCUUGGAAUUCCUGCCAAAGGUGCGACGUUCAUACAAUUGUGGAGAAGUCUGUUCGAGAAUAUUCAUGAUACUGAAAUAUGGGACUCAGUACUCGGUGUUUGUUGUAUCGCACUUCUUCUACUUCUCAGAGUAGUUGCAGCCAUACAGUUUGGCCCAGCAGAUGAUGCGCUACGAACGCGUCGUCACAGAAUAUUAACUAAAAUUACGUGGCUGACUGGAACCUCCAGAAAUGCCAUUCUGGUCAUUCUGUGUGGAUUAUUAGGAUAUUGGUUCUCGCCAAAUACACCUUUUAAAUUAAUUCGAAAUCUGCCCAGCGGAAUGCCACAUGUUCAAUUACCACCGUUUAGUUAUACUAGAGAAGAUAACACAACGGCAUCAUUCUUCGAUAUGUGCUCGAAUCUGGGAAGUGGAUUAUUCGUUCUGCCGCUGAUUGCCUUAAUGGAGGACGUCGCAAUUUGCAAAGCUUUUGGAAAUGGCCAACCUGUCGACGCUACCCAGGAGUUGAUAGCCAUAGGCAUGGCAAACAUCGGUAGCUCAUUUGUUCAGGCAUUUCCCGGUAGUGGGUCAUUGAGCAGAAGUGCUGUUAAUAAUGCCUCAGGCGUUAGAACACCGCUCGGUGGACUUUAUACAGGCAUCCUGGUUAUUCUAGCACUAUUGUUUUUUACUCCAUAUUUUUACUACAUACCGAAGGCAUGCUUAGCAGCAAUAAUAAUAGCCGCUGUUAUCUUUAUGGUUGAGGUGAAGGUAAUAAAGCCCAUGUGGAGGACAAAAAAAACGGACUUGGUGCCAGGCAUUGCCACAUUUGUUGCAUGCUUAGUGCUCCAAUUAGAAGUAGGCAUCCUCGUUGGAAUUGGUCUCAAUGUUUUAUUCAUUCUGUAUCACGCGGCGAGACCAAAGAUCUGUUUGGAAAAAUUACGAACUUGUUGCGGUGUGGAGUACCUGAUGUUAACACCGGAUCGUUGUCUAAUCUUUCCCUCAGUGGAUUACGUGAGAAAUUUAGUGACAAAAUACAGUCGUUGUAUUGGUAAUUCAGUGACACCAGUGGUUAUUGACUGUUCACAUGUUUACGGUGCUGAUUAUACAGCAGCAAUUGUCAUCGAAACAUUGACAAAGGACUUUGCAGCACGCGGACAGCCACUAUUUUUCUACAAUCUGAAACCGUCUGUUUACGCUGUAUUCGAGGGGGUAGAACCGUCCCACUUAAUUGUUUAUUAUACGCAAGAGGCAUUGGACGAUCUUCUCAAAGAACGGGGCUAUCUCAAUCAUCAGACGAAAAAUAACGUAUAAACUCCGUGAAACUAUGAUGAAUGCGAUAUUUUGUACAUAAUAUUCAUAAUUACUAUAGUAUUAGUCAGAGUUGUGAACAAAGAACGAAUAAUGAUAGAUGUAUAUUAUAUGAAAUUGGAUGUCAAAUCAUUCCAUAA